UUGCACACCUGCGCUGUGCUGUGCUGAACUACCGUAUUCGUCCGAAUAUAGGCCGACCUUUUUAGCCAGUUUUGUCAACCUUGAAAUCUAGAGUCGGCCUAUAAUGGGGCACUAGCCAAAAUAGUAUAAUUAAAAACAUACAUUUCAAGGCGAAGCACUUAUGUCAUAUAAAUGUUAUCAGAUAUACAAUUCAUUGACCUAAAAUUAUGCCGUACUUGCGAGGAAUUAGUAAUUUUUCCAACUUAGAAAUUUAGUAAACACACUAAACCUCAAUAACGUAUCAUAUUUUAAAUUUUAAGUUAAGUACACAGAUGUGGUCACUUGUAGCACAUAGCUUUUAAAAGCUCGGUCUGGUUAUUUUUGAACUGUAUUUAACAGGCUGCAGUAAUUUUAUUUGCUUGUAAAAUGUGGUAUUUACAGUAAACAAUUAGUAAAAACAUCAAUUUUGCCGUAAGUUUAUUUACCGUAGUAUGCUUUAUUUACUCUUCUAACAGUGUUGGCAACUUGUAGUUGCGACACGAAUAAACAAAUGCGGUGUAGUGGUGCCAACAUUUUAUACGGCAAUGGCUACAUUUUCUAAGUUCAUAGAAAUUGUGACGUAAAAACAUUUACCGGUACGUUUAAUUUUGACGUAAAAAAACCCAAAUUGGUUUCAUGUAAAACGUGUAUGAAUCAACCAUAAAACAGCCAAUAUUGCACAUAGGUUUUAUUGUUCUUGUUACUGUUGGUAUGUACCGGUACCGAUUUUGAACUGCUACUAUGACUUGAAUAGAUCGAUUGUCAUCGAAUCCACUGCAACUACUUGUGGUAUUUUGAUUGCGUGCCAUCUAUUUUACGUCUCUGGCUAUAGGUAAUGUACACUAAACAAAAGACAGAACAAAAGACGAAACAUAAAUAAACGUUUCGGGAAAAUGUAUUUUUUAUUGUUCGAGGCAUGAGAUUUAUUAAACUUAACCAAAUAUCUGUAAUCAAGAUCUGACGGAGUUAGAUGAAUUUUGUAAUAUAUACAAAUAUUACCGUAUUUUGUCCUAAUUGGCAACAGAUAUAGAAUAAUUUACUAAUGUAAUUAAAAUUAUUAAAUUAUUUCAUCUGAAAUAUGUAACGUAAUUGUUAAAAAUGUUAUUUUAUUUUUUUCCAAAAUUUAUUACUUGGGACUCCAAAAAAAUUUGAAGUGUGAAAUUCUCAAAAACCUGGGUUUUUGUCAAAUUUUUCUGAACAUUUUAUUGGAAAAACAAAGUUUGGCAUGAAAUACAACUAUUUUCAUGAGUUCAUCGAUACCAUUUCAGAAAACAUAAUGUGGUACAUCAUAAAUUUUUAACAUUCAAAACAAAUAUCAAUACCUGAGUAUUUUGAUAACUCAUAGUUUUUUUUUAUCAUUGCCAAUUGAUAAUAGCACAAAAAAGCAAGCGGUAUUGUUUAGAAGACAAUAAAAUUCAAUGCUUCUGAGUACUUAGCAAGAAAAUCAUGUCAGUUGGUGAAAGAAAAAUGAUUUCUUUCAUAUCCUGAGCCUUUGCAAUGUUGAAAAAAUAUACAGUAGAACCCCGAUUAUCCGUGUUAAUGAAGGGGACGAGUGAGUCGGAUAAUCGAAAAUCGCGGUUAGCCGAGUCAUGCUUGCCUCAAAGGUCAUUAGCCCACAGACAGCCAUCUGUGGACAUUCGGAGAUUACAUAUAUACACGUGCUCUGUGUGCGUGUGCGUUGUUGACAUAGAAGCGGACUGCUUAGUGCUGGGUAGCAGUGGUUUUUAAGUCUUUCGUGUGCGGAGACGUGGGCACGCGAGUCGUUGUUGCACCGAGGUGUGUGGCUAGCCGCCCGCCAGUCCGAGGGCCCAAGACGGCUGAUAGCUGCCAAGGUCACGCAUUCUUUUCAUCGCCCGUAAGCGACGCUGCCACACUUAGCUCAUUGCUCUGUUGUCAGUAACACCAUCGGGCUGGUUAUUGUUUUACAGAACGACUGCCUUCAAAAUUCUUUUCGAGAUAAGAUUUUUCAUACCAGUGCAUUGAGACUUGAUUUUAUGGUUUUGAAACGGUGUCUCUGUCUCGUAUAAUUCACGGUGUUUUUAUCCCCCUUUAUUUAUAUGAAUUUUAAAUGUUAUAUUAGGUAUUUAUUUUUAGCUUGCUGAACGUGGAAUUAGUGCAAAAACGGCCUAUUAUAACUUAGUGUUGCAGAUGGGUCGGAAAUCUUAUAACGACCACCUCUCUAUAACGACCCUAAUCUCGGGAACCGUGAGGGGUCGUUAUAUCUAUUCUCCGUUCACUCUUAGCUGAGUUUUGAAAUAAACAAACACCCUCUUAUCACUGCGCCGCGUCAGCAAGUGAUAGGCUGAAUUUAUAUUGCGUGCCAAGCACUAGUUGCAACACACACACUUCCGUACAGUCGGUGCUCAUAAAAUAACGGAGAAGUAAUAUAAGAGGAAAAUGGUUCUUCUGUCAAGCCUAGUUUUUUUAAAAAAUAUACAUCUGCUGUGAUAAAAUUACGCCACUUAAUGGUACACCCUCCGACCUUUUCUGUUGAAACCAUUCAAACAAACAACUGUCCAAGCUGCUAAAUGUGGAUUCUUUCAUCGUCUUGCGUUUAUUUAAUCCACUUGAAGUGUCAGCCUGUGAAGCAAACUGAAGGAUUUUUUCGCGAUUUUUUAUGAUGUCGCGCACUAUUGUGUUACCGACAUUAAACUCAGUCGCAAGUUUGCAAUCGUUUCUCCACUCUGAAAUCUUCCAAUAAUUUUUGUUUUCUGUCGAUGGACAGUACCACUCGCUUUCUUUUCUGUUCAUUUGAUGACAUGAUGAAAUGUUGCGCUCAACACUUCCGCACAACACAACGGUAUAAUCCGUCGGAAUGCAGAUCACUGUUACAAUACAUAAAAUUAUCACCACCUUCACACUUCAACAAUGUACACUAAUGAAAUGGACUGUCUCCAUGCGCCGGGUAAUCUCUGUGGCACGGCGCCGUGCUGCGCGCGGGAGUGUACAGUCCGGUCAUGCGGACGUGGAAUCGCGCACCAGUGUAUAAUCUAUUCACGUAACAUGGAACACAAAAAUAUUAUGUACAUACGUAUGUAUGUACUAGUAUUUUUUUUUUAAACUUUCUGUGUAUAUUAACAUAACUGAGUCAAAGUACUUUGACCAACAUACAUUUUGCAAAGUAUUUUAACAUUUACAUACAUUUUGAAUCAUUGGUUAUAUGUAACUAAAAAAUUGGACUUGAUGGACAUAAAUCGCGGUUAAUCCGCGAAUCGGAUGAUCGAGUCGCGGAUAAUCGGGGUUCUACUGUACUGCGCAUAUUGCAUUGGUACUUUUUUUUUUUUUUAAUUACAUAAAAUAAGGUUGAGAGAAACAUUUUUUUUUCUUCCAGAAAACAUCUAAACAAAUGUGAAUAACAACACAGUAUUAACUAGGGCUGUGUGUUUCUGGUUUUUAUUGGUCGGUUUGUUUCAGGUUCAGUUUUACAUCAAGAACCUUCAUUCCAGUUUCAUAUCUUAUAAAGAAAAAAUCUUAAUGCUGCACUUAAUAUGAAUAAGGUUCACUUGGUCAUUUUUGGUUAUUAAAAACAAUAUUAAAAUCAGAAAAGAGGCAGGCACACUUAGCAUUAGCUUAAAACUUAAUUUUUUAAAAGCUUUUUUAAGCAAACCUCAAGCCUUCAAAUAGGUAGGCCAAUCACUGCUGGGGUCAGAAUUCUGAUCGCUGAAAUACAAUCUAAUUUUAUGGUUCAGCGUUUUUCACAUAUUUAUAUAUUUUUUUGCAAUUAAAAUGUAGGCCUAAUUUGUUCUUUGUUUUAUAAUGCAGUAUGUUUUCAUUGCAUGCUUUUUUUUAGACACCUGCGAGUACUCGAAAUUCGAGUUUCGAGUCGAGUUUUUUAGUAAUACUCGAACUCGAGCUCGUGGCUUUUCAACAACUCGAAAUUCGAGCGAGCUUUUCUUGCACUGUAGCUAUAAAAAAAAAGACUCUCAUUAUAUCGGAAUAAAAGUCUUACAACACUAUUAUCCUUUACUUUAUAAUGUAACAUGAUCGACCGUUUACAUGAACACAUCAUUUUUACGUACCCGGGAUUUACGAAUUUCCGUGAUUAAUUUUUUUUACUUCUUUAAUUUUCCGCAUAGCAUUAAUGUAUCACUUUCCUGCUUUAUGCGGAAGUAUUUCCCGCUUUAUGCGGAAACAUUUCCCGCAUUUUACUGUAAAAAGCGUUUAAAUUGUCCGGGGUCUCAUCAUUUACGCCAUUAAAUGUGUGAUAUAAAGUCCCGUUUAAAAUUUUUAUGAAAGUUCCUGCCAGUUAUGGCGCACGUAAAUAUAAAUAUGAAGAAAAGACAAAUGAACAACAACUUACGAAGAAAUAUGGAUGAUGUACCAUAACUACAGUACAAUUCCAAUAGUUAUCUUAAGAUAAUUACCAUAAAAAGAACAAGAUUCUUUGUAGAUACCAUAACUACUGCAGAAGCAUGAUAGUUACCACAUUUGCACUAUAGUUACCGUAAUAACCGAGAUGUGUAUUUACCGUGAUGGUAAUGUAUUUAUUUAGGACAUAUUAAAAUUAAAGAACAUUAUUGAAAAAAAAAGAUGUUAAAUCUUGAUUUGUACGGUUGGCACAUGUUGCUAAGAAAUAAUGUGAUCUGAAAUAAUGCAGUACUACUACGAAAAGUGAAAGGGGUACUCGUGGAUUUUUAGGUUAUGGCAGUCUCUUUCGUUUUUCAGUAAUAUCGGCCGAAAAUUAACAAGAGUAUUGGAAGUUGGCAGAAAUGCCGAUUCAACUAAAUAUUGGCAAAAUCGGCUUCUUCAGUACAGCUCUACAUUUGAUGAUAUGAGUAAACAUAUUUCAGACUACAGGACAUUGAAAAAGACUUUAAUUUCCAUGUAGGUUUAUUGUGCGUAAGUUUUUUUUGCAUGUGUAAAUUGAAUUAAGUAAAAUGCUUCUAUUUUUAUUACUUUAAAUUGAUUAAACUUAAUGACAAGUUACAGAUAUUUGACACUAAUUUUGAGGUUAAACAAUUUGGUAAAUAUGUAGAGUAACGGUAUAUGCGAAAAAAAAAAUGCUAAAAAUCCGAAAAUACUUUUAUUCUAUGCUCUUUCACUUCCUCUUUUCAAAUCAACCGGCGGAGAUAAGAAAUUCCAAAUACUUUAGGAGAUAUCCAAUUUUUUAAUUUUGAACAUGUAGAGUAGCGGUAUUUGCGAAAAAAAAAUUCUACAAAUCCGAAAUUACUUUUAUUAUAUGCUAUUUCACUUCCUCUUUUCAUUAAAACCGGCGGAGAUAAGAAAUUCCAAAUACUUUAGGAGAUAUAGAAUUUUUUAAUUUUGCAAUACAACACCUGUACAACCAUUAGACUGACGCCAUUUUUGUUAAUUUGCCGUGUGUUCGUGAAUGCGUAAUAAAUAAAAUUGUCGAUUAGGUCAGGUCAGUUACAUUAUUAAUACUUUCAAACUAAGCGGACAUAAAAAAUAAUGUGAAUUAAUUUCAAUGGUUCUUUAGUUUUAAAGUAUUUAUAAUGUAACUGACCUGACCUAACAAACCCGGACAAAUGAUGAACAUUAACAACUCACGUAAAAUAUUUUUGUUACUUAUUACUUGCGCAACAAUAUCCAAAUAAAUAAGACUUUAAAAUUAGAAACGUUAAAAACCCACCUAAGUUGGAGGCGGGUACAUUUCCUUUGCCAUUAGAAGGAAAUGAUGUAGUCGUUCACCUACGUCGCGAUACCUCCGACGGAACAUUAAUAAAUAAAUAAAUAAUCACGUAUUGGUUCAUUUGAAUACUGGCCAAUCACGGAACUGUCACGUGACAAAAUUGUCCAAUAAGAAACAUAAUAGAUACUCGUAAACCAGAAACAAUGUUGAUCGCCGCAUGAAUACCCAGGUAUUGUGAUGAAAAUUAAAAAAUUCGAUAUUCCUAAAGUAUUUGGAAUUUCUUAUCUCCGCCGGUUGAUUUGAAAAGAGGAAGUGAAAGAGCAUAGAAUAAAAGUAUUUUCGGAAUUUUAGCAUUUUUUUCCCGCUUAUACCGCGACUCUACAUAUUUACCAAGAAUUUUACUAAAGCAUUCCAGCCACACAGGUUGCCAGCGAGAGACGCUUCUCUUCUGCUGUAAACACCAUCUCUAAUCGUAGAGCUAAUUUAACUCCUGAACGUGCAGAACAAAUUAUUUUUCUGCAUGAUAGAUUGAAGAACAGAAUUUAAUACUCUAUGACAAUCUCUCUCAGAAUUUUUGUGCCGAAAAGUGGAAAUGUUGAAACAAUGUGAAUGUACUUUUCAAACAACAUGAUUUUUGGUGCUCAGUUAGUUGAAGCUCAGUAAGGACUCCAGAAAAAUUGACAAGGAUGAAAUUAUUCCAAAGAUAUGUUACAUUUACACAAACAUAUACGUACUUGUAAACUGUGGUUAUGUUAGUUGGAUGAUAUCAGUUACUAAUGAACCAAUGGAAACAGGUUAGAUUCAAUGGAAAACAUGUUUUUUUUCCUAGCAGUGCAAAUUAUAAAAGCACUCUGUAAAUAGUUACCCAAAAUUAAUAAGCCCACUUCAUUUUAAUACUUUAUUCAAACAUUAUACCUACUAAGUUUAAGGUAAAAAUAAUUUCCCAAAAGUGUAACUGUAUCACAAAAGCUCAAGCUUCGAGAACUUUCAAGUAGGCUCGCUCGAGCUUGGCUCAAAGUAAAAUUCUUAGGCUCGCAGACCUCUAAUGUAGGUCUAUCUAUUUAGUAGGCUAACAAUGAUAAUGGUUUCUUUUUUUAUUUCCAUAUUUUUCUCAAAAGUUCUCACAUUUUAUUACUUCAUCACAGUAAAUUUAUGUGCAAUAAACUUAAAAAAAAAACUCGAACUCGACUCGAUACUCGCGAGUAUUUUAGCAAACUCGCUCGAGCUCGACUUGAAGUGAAAAUCUUCUGCUCGCAGACGCCUACUUUUUUUAUAUUUCAAAAUAGGCCUUUAACGUAUGAACAGCCAGAAAUCAUAACAAUCCAACUGGCAAAAAACAAUGCCACCAAUAGAUGAAAGGAACUGAACGGCAUUAUAUUGUUUCAACGGUACUCGUGCCAUAACUGUUUUUUUCUCGCUAUUAUUUGAAAUUUAUACUCUGUUAAAGCUAAGUACACAUGGAAAAAUUUUUGUAGCAGCCAGUCGCAAUGAACUUCAGGAAUUCUAUAAAAUUGUACUAUGCUUAAACAAAGACAUAAAUUAACUGGCUGCUACAAACGUUUUUUUGUGUACUCUGUUUUAACAAAGUAUAAAUUUCAACUAAUAAUGAAACAAAUAGUGAUGAGUCGAGUCACCCUAUUUCAGCAUCGAGUUGAGUUCGAGUUAAACAAAGAAAUUUAUCUUCGAGUCGAACUCGAGCCGAACUCAUGGAAAUUUGUCGAGAUGAGUCCAACUUUUUGCAGCACUUAUCUGUCUGAUGAUCAAUUUUUUCAAAAAAUUCCGAAAUCUCUGCUCUUGAUUUCUGUUCAUCACUUUGUGACGUCCCAGGCAGUACAAACACAUCCAUUCCACUAAUACUAAACCAUUUAUGAUUGAUACGACGUCGGCGACGCAAACAUUACUUUCAAGUGUAAACAUAAACUUCAACAACCUCAAUUUUCCGUUUGACCAUGCAAAACUGGUUGGAGCUUUCAAUUAUUAUUGAUAUCGAUUUGUCAAAGUGGCAACAUUCCCUGGCUGUAUGAUGACUUACGUAGGCCAUUGGCCCGGAGUUAAAAUGGCGGCUAUCUAGUGUUUAGUAGUAAAUAUUUUUUACUUCCAAAGCUGCCUAAAUAUUGACGAUGUUCGUGGUCUUGUGAGAACAUUUUUUUAAUUCCGUUACAGUUAAAUAAAGGUAUUUUGUUGCAAUUAGAAAUAGUAAGUGCAUAUUGAAAGAUGCACUGUUUGCGGUUAUACACGAUCGAAAAUAAAUAAUCUUCCGACUUCGUUUUUAAGGUUUUCAGUGUUGGAUCAGGUUUUCCACUAGGUAGGCCUAAAUAAUACAUUUUAUUUUAUGUUAAAGUGCAUGGUUUCUGAUAAGUACCUUCACAAUUGGAAAUUGUACAACAUUAUGGUCGAGCCAAGAACUAAACUUUGACCAGACUCGGACACAAUCUUAAUCAACUCGGUUUUCGAGUUGAGUUUAGUUUCGCCGGCUCUACUCGACUCACUCGAUUUUUCGAGUCUCGACCCAUCACUAGAAACAAACUGUUCUGGCUUGAAUACUGUUGAAACAAUAUGGCAUUUUUCAGUACCUUUCAUAUAUUGGGGAUUGUUUGCUGGUUCUAAUUUUACGAUUUCUGGCUGUUCUAAUAUAAACGGAGCAUUCUAACGCAACAAUUUUCAGAGUCGCCACCGACCCGGAAAGUUGAGAAACCCGGUAUAAGGCGUGAAUAAUUUUUUUGCUGGGAAAACCGGUAGAAACCCUUGCAUUUUUUUAAGCCAUCAGGAUUUACCUGUUUGUCUAGCAAGUUGGAAAGAACUUAGUUAAAAAAGAAACUGCAUGCAAUGUUUUCAAAAUGUCACUUAUACAAUUUUUGAACUACACCACUUUUGCACUUUGUUCACAGCUAAGUUAAAAAAACUACUUGCCGUGCCUACAGAUUGCAUUCCUUAUACGAUUUUUGAAACCUGUGUAGUGGUGAACCUUGAAGGAGUAGAUGAUGUGACACAUGACAUGUGGAUUGUUGUGGAAUGUCCGUUGGCUGAGGAAGGAAGGGAGGGUAGCCUGCCGUUAUUUUUUUUUUCUUGUGUUUGUUUUUUUACUUUUACUUGUGAAGAUUCUCCCUUAAGGUAUUAGUAAACAGAAUCCAUGACCGAAAACUAAUACUGUAAUUUGACAUGCGAAAGACUCUUUAACAGGGUGUCCAGCGACCUGGAAAACCUGGAAAACAGGGAAUUGUCAGGGAAUUUCGUGUGUCAGGGAAAAGUCAGGGAAAUGUCAGGGAUUUUUUAAAAAUCGUCUGGAAAUUUUGGCCGUGUUUGUUCUUCACGCAGCAGCACGAUACAAUAUGCAUAUCGAUUGUUCAAUUCGCCGCGUACACAAUGAUCGACGUAUCGAUUAUAAUCAGCACAUGGCUGUACACAUUGCGGCCUGUUAGGCUGGCCAAAAUGGCGCGCAUUUGUGUACUCUUGUUGAUUUUGGUUAUCGUGUUUGUUGAUGGAUAAGUGAAUUAUUAUAUCAUCAGCCAAACAAAGGUCACAACAUGGCUUCAAAACUCAGAAAAACUACAUUCAGGGAUGAAUGGAACCAGAACCCAUCCCUCUCAUGGGCUCAGGCUAUUGAUGGCAGCCCAUAUGCAGCUUGGUGCAAACUUUGCAAUCACAGGAUUGAACUGAGUAAUAUGGGGAAGCAGGCUCUUACCAGUCAUGCAUCUGGAGUGAAACACAGCAGAAGAGUGCAAGGAUUUCACAUGAGUUCAUCCAUAGCAGUGUACUGUAAAACAACUAGGCCUACAUCAGCAGCGUCACAAAAUAAUUCUGCUUCAGAGUCUUCACCUUUGUCUGAAUCUUCAAAAUUGUUUAGUUCUGAUGUACCCAGCUCACCUCAAGUAUCUUCCCCUCCGUUGUUCCAAACAGAUCCAGUCAGCAGUUCUAAAUCUCUGCCUGAUACUUCCUCGAAUGCUGAUAAUUCUUAUCUAAACCCAUCCGCAACAUGUUCUUGCACGUGCACAUGUGGCAGUGCUAGAAAGGAAUCAAAAUCAUUGACAAAUUACUUAUUAAAUGAUUCUGUAACACGUGCCGAAAUACUUUGGUGUUUCUAUUGUGUUAUGGCUCAUAAUUCCUUAAGGAAUGCAGAAAAUAGUGUAGCAAUGCAUCGUAAGAUGUAUCACGACAGCAAAAUUGCAGCUAAAUUGCAGUUGGGAAAAUCGAAAGUAUGAAGUAUCCUAUACAAUAGUUCACGGAUUGGCUCCAGAAUUUUAAAAGGAACUGCAUGCUGAUAUAUCAAAAUCUUCUCAUCUUGUAGUUGGCUUUGAUGAAAGUUUAAAUAAAAUUGCCCUGAAACAGCAAAUGGACAUUUCUGUCCGUUACUGGAAUGAAGAUGAUUCAAUUACUUGCACUCGAUAUCUUACAUCAGCAUUUCUCGGCCAUUCGACUGCAGCAGACCUGUUAAGUGCUUUUAAAAACUCUUUGCCUGUGAAUACAUUACACAAAAUUAUACAGGUGUCGAUGGAUGGCCCCAAUGUAAAUUUGCGGUUUUUAAAAGACUUGAAGCAAGAUUUGAAGGAAGGUCGUACUGAUGAGGGGGUAAUAUUGGAUAUCGGCACUUGUGGCUUACAUUCAUUACACUGUGCCUUCAAAGGCGCAAUGAAGGAAACUGGUUGGGAAAUUGUUAAAUUCUUGCGUGCUAUUUACAACCUGUUUCAUAACAUCCCCACUCGUCGUGCAGACUACAUUAGAAUAACUGGUUCCAGCUUGUUUCCUUUAAAAUUUUGUCCAGUUUGUUGGUUAGACAACGUUCCUGUAGCAGACAGAGCAUUGAAAAUUUUACCAAAUCUUCGGAACUAUGUUGCUGGUCUAAAGUCAAAUACAGAACCUACGUGUGCUAGUUUUGUUAUAGUGAAAAGUGCUAUUAAAGAUGUGUUACUUGGACCUAAACUUGCUUUUUUUUCAUCUGUUGCUGCUGAAGUUGAACCACUUCUCAAAGAAUAUCAAACAAAUGACCCCAUGGCGCCGUACCUCUUUUCCGACUUUUCUUCAGUCAUCAAGAAUUUUAUGACUAGAUUUGUCAAAGCAGACGUAAUGGCAAAUACUACCCUGAGCAAAAUAGAUUUAUCUGCAAAUAAUCUUUUGUCAAGUAAAAAAAUUGACUUAGGUUUUGGGACACGAGCUGCAUUACGUUCAGAAAAUGCAAGUCAGAAGGAUAUGGAAUUAUUUAGAGCAGACUGUCUAAAAUGCCUGCAGGAAUGUGUGAAAAGGAUUUUAAAGCGCUCACCUCUUACAUUCAGCUUGACAAGAGGCAUUUCAUUUGCUGAUCCUUCUGUAGCCCUUAUUCCCGAUUUGGCGAUCAAGAGGCUGUCAUGUGCCUUAGAUAUAUUUGUUAGUCAUAAUUGGCUCUCUGGAAUUCAAGGUGACAAAAUAUCGAAGGAAUUCAAAAGAUUGUGUUCAUUGACUGCAGUGCAGGAACAUUUGAAACUCCAUGUCCGAUCCAAAGUACGCCUGGAUAAGUUUUGGUUUGACCUUUUAAAUGUUUACUGUAGUGAAAAUACAGGGUAUUUAGCAUCUUUUUUGAAAAUGAUAUUUAUUAUGUCUCAUGGCAACGCAGCAGUAGAAAGGGAAUUUUCAAUAAACAAACAGUGCUUGGUAGAAAAUCAGCUGGACAUUUCACUGAUUGCUCAGCGUACAAUUCAUGAUGGUAUUUUGUCAGCUGGAGGUCUGGAUAAUUUUGUCGUAUCUAAAAGAUUUAUUCAUGCUGCUCGUAAUGCAUAUUUAAAAUACAAGGAAUACACGGAACAACAGAAGAAGUUAUUACAGGAAAAGGAAGAACAAGACACAAGAAAAAGAAAAGCAGCUGCUGAACUCUCUGCUUUGGAAGCUAAGAAAAAGAAAAUCUUGGAAGAUGCUGAAAAAGAAGCUGCUGUAUUAAGCUUCCAGAUAGAAGCUUUAAAAAAGUAGUGCUGCUAAGAAAAACCUUUGUUAAAAUUUUAAUUUGUGAUUGGACUUAAAAGGUUUUUUUAAAGUUUUAAGUUUGGAACUAUUGCAUACU